AUGUUACCAUCGAACGAUUUCAAGAAUAACAAAAACAGCAAAACAAUAGAAACCAAGCAAUUUGAUGAAAUUUCAACACAAUAUGAAAAUAUAAAUUUCUUUGAAAGAUAUUGGAAAUCAAAAUGUUUCACAAAUAUUUUUCAAACUUUUGAAAAAUGUUCUCGUGAACAUGAUCUUUAUUCAAUCAAAUAUGCUGUUGAUAAUGGAUAUCAUAAAUUAACUAUAUAUAAUAGUUCAAUAAUUCAUUAUGCAGCAGAGUUUAAUAAUUUAUCUCUUGUUCAAGAUCUUAUUUCAUGUGGUGUUGACCCUAAUACGAGAAAUUCAAAUCAACGCACACCACUCCAUUUUGCUUGUUAUCAUAAUUCAAUCGAUGUUGUCAAAUAUCUUUUAACAUUACAUGGAAUUGAUUUUAAUGCACAAGAUAGUUUUGGAGAUACUCCUCUUCAUGAUGCAUGCAAUAUAAAUCAUCCAGUAGCCGUAAAACUUCUCUCAGAAUUUAGAGGAAUUAAUAUCUCUAUAGAGAAUAGUACAUAUAAAACUGCAAUUAAUAUGACUAACAAGGCAAAUAUUCAUAAUCUUUUUAAUCAAAAAUUAAUAAUAAAAUUCAAUGAUCAUUUUGGCCGCAUAUAG